UCGAGACCGUCAGCUGUAAUUUCGAAACAAACACAGCAUGGUUGCAAUGGUCAUCUAAAAAGAGCAAAAUUAAGGACUAUAUUGAUUUAAAUAUUUUAAAAAUGUGCUCACUUCAAAGUUUACGGCGCCUUGCUAAAUACCACCAUGGCAUUAAGAUGCUUUUGACCCGAAACAUUCUGCAGGAACAUGUGUGCUCUUUGAAUAAAAACAUUUAUAGAAUAGGUUCUAACGGGUUCCAUACGACCUUUAUGAAUUUCGCGAAAAGAAAAGACAAAGAUGAUAAGAACAGUAUUCAAAUGAACCCAAAAGCCAAAACGAAAUCAGCAGUUAUUGAAAUCUGGCGAAAUAUGACGGUGCAGGAAUUAGCUGACUCAAUGGGAAAGAGCGUUGAUCACAUAUUCGACGUAUUCGUUUACGUUGAAAACUCAAAUCCAUACAACAGACCAAAAUCUGUGAUUCACAACUUCACGGUCAUUCAAGAAGCUGCUAAAAAGUCGGGCUUCAGGUUCAAAGUAGUAGCUCACCCCAGUGAAAGGGAAAAGGAAGUUGUUCCAAAGUACAAAGACGUUACCAGAAGACCGCCUGCUGACCCUUCAAAACUGGUUCGUCGGCCACCAGUAGUUACAAUCAUGGGCCACGUUGACCACGGCAAAACAACUUUGCUGGACUCUCUGAGAAACACCAGGGUCGUCGAUUCAGAAUUUGGAGGAAUCACGCAGCACAUUGGUGCUUUUUCAGUUGUUCUUCCGUCAUCGAAGGAUAGGGUAACCUUUCUGGACACGCCAGGCCACGCUGCAUUCACAGCGAUGAGAGCUCGGGGUGCAGACUCUACAGACAUAGUGGUUCUGGUUGUGGCAGCUGACGAUGGAGUCAUGGAACAGACUGUCGAAUCUAUUAGAAUGGCCAAGGAAGCAAAUGUUCCUAUCAUCGUGGCGAUUAACAAGAUUGACAAACCUAAGGCUGAUGUUGAUUACACCAGGAAAAUGCUUCUAACUCAAGGAAUCGAACUGGAGGAAUUCGGCGGUGAUAUUCAGUCAGUGCCGAUUUCUGCAUUGAAAGGAACCAAUCUCAACACUUUAAUCGAAGUAAUCGCUUUGCAAGCAGAAAUCAUGGACUUAAAAGCAGAACCCACUGGUUACAUGGAGGGAGUUGUGAUUGAGUCUAAAACCGACCCAGGCCGAGGGAAGCUUUCGACUGCCUUGGUGCAGAGGGGCACCCUGAGAAAGGGCUGCAUUCUGGUGGCUGGGACAGCGUGGGCGAAGGUGCGAGCCAUGUUCGAUGAUACCGGCCGGCCGCUUACUGAGGCGCCACCAGCCACGCCCGUCGAAAUUUUGGGCUGGCGCGAGUUGCCUUCAGCUGGGGACGAAAUCAUCGAGGUUGAGUCUGAGAGAGUCGCCCAGGAGGUUUUGAAAUAUCGUAUGGAGAAGCAAAGAGAAGAAAAGCUAGAGGACGUGAAAGAGGUGAUUGCUCAAAAGGCCGCUGAGCACCAUAAGGUUUACAGGACAAUGUUGGAGGAGAGGCGAAGAUUGGGUUGGUACAGAGUGCGAAGAACGGGUCCCAGAGAAAAGGAGAGCAAGGAAAGGGAUGGCCACCCUGAGCUGAACAUCAUUGUAAAAGGUGACGUUGAUGGCUCUGUGGAGGCGAUUUUGGACGUGCUUGAUACUUAUGAUGACGAGAAGCGCUGCAAACUGUCUCUGAUCCAUUAUGGAGUUGGACAAGUCACUGAAAAUGAUUUGGAGCUGGCUUCGACUUUUGACAGUUUGGUCUACACAUUUAAUCUUGACACUCCUAAAAAAACCAAAGACCUCGCCAAGCAGAAGUCAGUUCUUGUUAAGCCACACAAUGUGAUCUAUAAGCUGGUGGAUGACAUCAAAGACGAAAUCAGCAAAAUGCUGCCCUUGAAGAAAGUAGAGGAUGUUACUGGGGAAGCGAAUGUGCUCCAAUUUUUUGAAGUAACAGUAGGAAAAACUAAGGUUGGCGUCGCUGGUUCACGAUGCACCAAAGGAUUACUGAAGAGGGCAUCUCAAGCGCGAGUUUUAAGAAAUGGAGAAGUUAUAUACGAAGGUAAAGUUUUCCAGCUGAGACAUCUGAAAGAUGAGGUAGAGUCCAUCAAGAAAGACGUUGAGUGUGGCGUCAGACUGGACAAGAGCGGCUUUGAAUUCGAGCCUGGUGACAUUAUACAGUGCUACUCCAUACGUGAAGAGCCGCAAACAUGUGAAUGGGAUCCUGGAUUUUAAAGUUGUGCAGAGAAUAAAUAAAACAAGACUGCUGUUGGUUUUAAAUAUAAUUA